AUGCAGCGUCCAUUCCGUGAAGAGUUGGCCCGCGAAUUUCGCUUUUCAAUGGCGUUAUCAAGCACUCGAAAUUUAGGGGCGGAGAAAGCUGCUGUUCUUCCACCAUAUCCAAUAAGAUGCGUACCAAACUGCAAAGCUUACCGAAGGGCCGCUCUCGCGUAUUCUCCCUGUCUUCCGCCUCCUGUUCAUCCAUCAUCCAAGAGGAUCAGUGAUGACGAAUCUAGCGAAGUUGCCCAGAAUAAAGUCUUCGUCACAAGAGGGACGCAAAAUUCUAGUUCUAGGACAGAAGAGGGGAAUUUAGAUGGAAGCAAUGGCGAAAGUAGUGCUAAUGCUACACUUCAACGAGCUGAACGUGAGGGACCGACGCUAGGCCACGACGUAGGUACAGCUAGUAAAUCCUAUGAUGGAAUAGGGCAUCCGAACUAUGAAAGUACUAUGACGGAAUCGACUCGGUAUUUACGCAAUUCAGAGGAGACUAAGCAAGGUAAACAUAGCAAAAUGGCAAGAGAACCUAGUUUGAGGGCUCAAAAAGGCUAUGAAAGAAAACACCAAGGUAGGUUCUAG